AUGAUGGCCUCGAUGCCAUCUCGAUCGGCGAAACGGCUGUCGACGCUCCUUGCAACCAGGCCGGUUCUGGGAGGAUAUCGAGCUUUAAACAUUAAAGAGUCGAGAAGAUGCUAUGUUAAAGAAUCGAAGCCGGCGGGAGCCGUUGAAGCAACUGUUAAGGUCGGAGUGGAAGACAUACAGGCGUCGAUAGGGAAGCGGCCGGUUGAUUUGGCGAUUGAUCCGGCGGCAAUGUUGAGUCCUCAAGCUGGGAUUUUGAAACAAGCUACAAUAAUGGACCAAGGUUCUCGUCCCAUAUAUCUGGACAUGCAAGCCACCACGCCCACCGAUCCCCGAGUCCUCGAUGCUAUGCUCCCAUAUAUGACCGGUCAAUACGGAAAUCCGCAUUCCAGAACCCACGCCUACGGUUGGGAAACCGACAAGGCCGUUGAAGAAGCCCGCGGACACAUCGCCAGUCUCAUUGGCGCCGACCCCAAGGAAAUUAUCUUCACUUCCGGUGCUACAGAGUCGAACAAUAUGUCUAUCAAGGGAGUUCCGAGAUUUUAUAAGGGAAAAAAGAAGCAUAUCAUUACGACACAGACUGAACAUAAAUGCGUCCUUGAUUCCUGUCGACAUUUGCAAGAUGAAGGGUUUGAAAUUACAUACCUCCCCGUCCAGAGUAAUGGUCUCAUCGACCUUUCACAAUUAGAGGCGGCUAUUCGACUUGAUACCGCGAUAGUCUCUGUGAUGACGGUAAACAAUGAGAUCGGGGUGAUCCAACCGGUUGAAGAGAUCGGACAGCUUUGUCGGUCGAAGAAAGUCUUCUUCCAUACCGAUGCGGCGCAGGCAGUGGGGAAGAUUGAAGUUGAUGUUAAUAAGUGGAAUGUGGAUUUGAUGAGUAUUUCGGGACAUAAGAUUUAUGGACCAAAGGGGAUAGGAGCUUGUUAUGUUAGGAGGAAGCCGAGAGUUAGAAUUGAGCCGUUGAUUACUGGUGGUGGACAGGAGAGAGGGUUGAGGAGUGGAACUUUGGCAGCGCCGUUGGUUAUUGGGCUUGGAGAGGCUUGCAGGAUCGCGAAGGAAGAGUUGAAGUAUGACCACGACCAUGUCAGCCGACUGGCAAAGAAGCUUAAAGAUGGCCUUUUGAGCAUGGAGCAUACUCAGCUCAAUGGAGAUCCAGACAGACACUACCCCGGCUGUGUGAACGUUUCGUUCGCAUACGUUGAGGGAGAGUCGCUGCUCAUGGCUUUGAAAGAUAUUGCGCUGAGCUCUGGGUCGGCGUGUACGUCUGCUAGUUUGGAGCCUAGCUAUGUGUUACGAGCUUUGGGGAAUAGUGAUGAUUCCGCGCACUCAAGUAUUAGGUUUGGAAUUGGAAGGUUUACGACUGAGAAGGAGAUUGAUUAUGUGCUCAAGGCGGUGAAGGACCGAGUUGGAUUUUUGAGGGAGCUUAGUCCUUUGUGGGAGUUGGUGCAGGAAGGUGUGGAUUUGAAUACUAUUGAGUGGACACAGCAUUAA